GCGUGGCCACAAGCUUUCUCAUAAUGAGGAAGGAAUCGCUUGCAGUUUCAUAUGCUUAAUAUGAGUAUUGAUGCAUCUGUGUUUGAGCUGUCUCGAUCACGGCAGGGUGAGCAGUUCAUCAGUGUUAUCUGAUAUUACAUUAAGCGGAUACGGCAGAACUCUUACAUUACGGACCGUCAGUGAACACACCACUGCAGAUGUCACUCACUUAUGGUUUGGACCCACAUGUGGCGUACUUGAAAACUGAAUCACGGCCUGUGGAAGCCCCCCUCCCUGACCGAUGGCCUCACCAGUGUCAGUCUACAACUCCAACGCCUUGGACACACACAUCUCCAGUACCUCCAGAGAGUCUCUGAAGAUGGAGUUGUUAGCUGAUGUGUCUCUGCUGCCUGGGGAGGAAAGAAUUACAGAUAAAGACAUCAUCUACAUCUGUCCAUUCAGUGGAGCUGUGAAAGGCAAAGUGUUGAUCACCAACUACAGACUCUACUUCAAGAGCUCAGACUCUGACGUGGCUGUGAUGCUAGAUGUUCCUCUGGGCACCAUCAGUCGGGUGGAGAAGAUGGGUGGGGCAUCGAGCAGAGGAGAAAACUCCUACGGCUUGGAUAUCACCUGCAAGGACAUGAGGAACUUGAGGUUUGCCUUGAAGCAGGAGGGUCACAGUAGAAGAGAUAUCUUCGAUCUCCUUUUCAAACACGCCUUCCCCCUCUCACAUGGUCUGCCUCUGUUUGCCUAUCUGACUCAGGAGAAGUAUGAGGAGAAUGGCUGGAACGUCUACAAACCCAUGGAGGAGUUCAGACGGCAGGGCUUACCUAAUAACAAGUGGCGUAUUACAUUCAUCAAUAAGAACUACGAACUGUGUGACACCUACCCUACUGUAUUGGCUGUGCCCUUUAAAAGUAAAGAGGAGGACCUUAGAAGAGUGGCUGCCUUCAGGUCAAGAGCACGCAUACCGGUUCUAUCAUGGAUCCACAGGGAGAACCAGGCAGUGAUCGUGCGCUGCAGUCAGCCUCUGGUCGGCAUGUCUGGUAAAAGAAACAAGGACGACGAGCGCUACCUGGACAUGAUCAGGGAGGCCAAUGACACCACCAAGCUCACCAUCUAUGAUGCUCGGCCCAACGUCAACGCUGUGGCCAACAAGGCCACAGGAGGAGGCUACGAGGGUGAUGAGUACCAGAACGCAGAGCUCAUCUUCCUCGACAUCCAGAAUAUCCAUGUCAUGAGGGAAUCCUUGAAGAAACUCAAAGACAUCGUCUAUCCCAACGUGGAGGAAUCUCAUUGGCUGUCCAGUCUAGAGUCUACACACUGGCUAGAACAUGUCAAGCUGGUGUUGUCAGGGGCAAUCCAAGUGGCAGACAAGGUUUCCAGUGGAAAUUCAGUGGUGGUUCACUGCAGUGACGGCUGGGACAGAACUGCUCAGCUCACCUCUCUGGCCAUGCUGAUGCUGGACAGUCACUACCGUACUCUCAGAGGAUUCCAGGUGCUGAUUGAGAAGGAAUGGAUCAGUUUUGGGCACAAGUUUGCCUCAAGGAUAGGUCACGGUGACAAGAACCAUGCAGAUCAGGACAGAUCCCCCAUCUUUGUUCAGUUCAUCGACUGUGUAUGGCAGAUGACCAAACAGUUUCCUACAGCCUUUGAGUUUAAUGAGCGCCUCCUGCUGACAAUCCUGGAUCAUCUGUAUAGCUGUCGCUUUGGGACUUUCCUGUACAACUGUGAGAGCGCACGAGACCAGCACGACGUGAGGUCGAAGACGGUGUCAUUGUGGUCUCUGGUCAACAGUAAGAUGGACAUUUAUUUAAACCCCUUCUACACCCCGGAGUCCGGCAGGGUCCUCUACCCGGUCGCCAGCAUGCGCCACCUAGAGCUCUGGGUAACAUACUACAUCCGCUGGAACCCACGCAUACGACAGCAGCAGCAGAGUCCGGUGGAGCAGCGCUACAAGGAGCUGUUGGCCCUCAGAGACGAGUACUUGAAGAAGCUGGAGGAGCUGCAGCUGUCCGACUCCUCCCCUUCCUCACGUCUGGCUAACAGCCCCACCCCCAACACCCCCUCCUCCACCUCCUCCACACCAUCACAGCAAUACACACACCUACAGACUCCCCUCUGAGGGCUGGUGUGACACACACACACUCACAUACUUGUUGACUUGCACUUAUGUCGUCUACACUCUGAUUUCUGUCUCUCACACACGCAGGGAAUUAAAUAGUAUUGUGCAGUUCUAACUGUGGAUAACAAAGAAUGCUAAUAAGAUUUAGAUUUGAUGGUUAAUUCUAACACCAUAGUGGUGAUGAUGGUGAUUUAUGCAAUAUGUCACAGUAAAGCCUUUUCUACACAGACACUCAUCAUACAGUGAAGCCUUAAAGACAUUGAGUGGCUUUCAGUCCAAGGGCUUGAACACACAGGACAGGCAGUGGAUCUAUGUACUGGCAGCAGAGCAGAGCUGAAGGUGUAUGGUUUCUCUGAACGUCAGAAAGCCUCAGGAAAACAUGCUUUUUGAUCGGAUUACCACCAAACCACAUACUACCACCAGUCAUUUACUGUUUGGCCGAAAAAGGUGUGUCUUAACCUUGUGAAUUGUGGCGUGACAAAAUAAUCUCCAGACAAAGCCAGUGCUUCAACCUGGAGUUACAGCUUCAUUUUGCUGCCUCCAGUGCAAUGACACAUCCAGGACACAAAUUUACAAAAACUCUGAUUGGCUUACCAUGAUCUUCUUACCUUAACCAAUCAAACUAUUUGUGCUUAAAUGGGUAACUUUAAAAAAAAAAAAAAAAAAAACGUUUUGUCAUAUUUUCUUAAACUCUGACUAUAUCCUGACAGUAACGUGAGACAGAUAAUCACCAUUCUCUCUGAUUGUUUGUGGUGUCGUUCAGGCCCGGUGUAUUCUUACCAUUGACAGUAUAUAUAAUGGACAGAGCUUCCGGGUCUGAAAAGUGAAGUCGACCCGCAAGUGUCUUAAACCUGCAUUCUAUGUAAAUUCCAGCAGGUGGCAGCACGGUUGGCUGCACUAACACAGUGAUCCCAUUCACUUGAAUGGAGAAUGAGCCGACUUGACACUUCCUUUAUUGGCUCAGUAAACAGGUUCCUGAUGAGUUUAGGAUCUCAGUCACCUUUUGAUUGGCAGGUCACUCUCAGCGAUUCUGUCCAGAGCAGCAUACAAAACUCUGAUCAAACUGUCAAACUAGGCAGUGCUGAUCAAAUAUGAAGCUAGAUUCUGUUACUGCGUUGACUAUUAUACUAUUAUACUCGCUUAAAAUCUUUCAGAAACUGAAACUAUUUUAGUGUACUGUUUAGCUGUAAUAAUAUAAUAUGUGUGACCAGGCGAGCCGCCAAUGAGCGUCGAUCAACUCGCAGUACGUCACGUCCGCUGGCUCGUGCUGGCUCCGUUUUACUGUCAUGGCUUCAAAACGGUUCUCCACAAACCAAUGGGUGACGUCAUGAUAGGUUCACACUUGAUUCUUACACAUGCCAUUAGGCACACUAGGAGAAGCCAGAGGAACCUGAUUUUAUCGCAGAUUAUCUAUGUACUGCUGUAAGGAUAUAGUGAAAGUUUCAGUAAAUAUGAUAAACGUUACUUACCUACUGCAUCUUUAAGACAUAUAUUUAAAUAGUCUUGGAACAAUAAUGUGUUUUUAGUAGUACAUAAGAAUAGCAGUUGAAAUGUACAAAGGAAAAGAGAGAAAAUCCCUAGGCUUGCCCUGUCAUGAGUCAAGACACUGGCAGAGAAAAAUCAACAGUAGAAACGAUACAUUUUCUUGGAAACAUUUUACAGUUAGAUGUCAGAACACAGCUCAGUGACACAGCUCCUUCCUAUGUCCUGCUAUACACAUACCACUGCUGUCCUGCGUGUAAUCAAGAUGUUGUACAAUUAUCACUUUUCAUCCUUCUUCCUACUUGCUGCACUGCUGCUGAGUAUUUCCCUGUCCCUCAAAGAGUUGAUCAGAACUGCUGCAGAGCUCAUGCAGUGGAGCCGGAGGCUGGGAGCUUCUACAGUGUGUAUAUAUCAGGUGUGUCAGAUUGGGAUGGAUUAUUUGUUGCUUAUCACCUGAGGGUGAGAGCUAUCCCCGUUGCUUACAUUUCGCCACUGCUAUCAGCUAAGCUCUCCUCAGCAGUAUUUUAAGCUAAGCUACGGCACUUACAGCAAAUCCAGUUCUGUUUGGUCAGAAUUAAUAAGUAGUUUUGUGAAUGCAGCUUUGAUACGGUUUGAAAUAUAUUUCAGGUGCUCAAGAUAGUAUAUGGGAUUGAAGUGGUGCUUGCCUCUGAUCUUGGAUCGCCCUAUUGUACCUUUAUGCUCUCACUAACCAGGAUGGACAAAUCAGCCCAGGUCAAUGAUGGCCUUACCUUGCCAAGAUGUUUGUAAACCAGCACACAGACUUAGGGACAGUGAGCAGAAAUAAACCAGUUCACUCUCCCCCUUAAAUACAACUUUUUGUAAAUCA